AUGUUGCGGUCGAUGUGGGUGAUCCACUGCUUGCUCGGCUUUUCCUCCGGCAUAUCACGAGUUCUGCGCAUACCGCUUCAAGUCCAGCAAAGACAGAGUUCCUUUGAAAGCUUUCUUUCGUCGAACAGUUCAACGCAGACCCUGUUGCUGAAUAAUCGUGAAAAUUUGGAGUACUAUGGCAGCGUAGGAAUGGGCACACCUCCGCAGACAUUCAAGGUUCUCUUCGACACAGGAUCGGCCAAUACGUGGCUUCCCUCGAGCAACUGUCCACGCUCCAAUAAAGCAUGUCACCAACACACUCGUUAUGAAGCAGCCAAGUCGAAAAGCCACGUAAGGCAGGGUCAGAGUUUUUUGCUCAGAUAUGGCGCGGGCACAGUCAGUGGCUUCUUGUCGCAGGACACUCUGAACGUGGGCGGAGUACAGCUACCAAAUCUGGUGUUCGGCGAGGUGGUAUAUCAUCAGCAGGAAAUAUUCGCUAGCGUAACCUUCGAUGGCAUUGUCGGCCUGGGCAUGGAUCGAAUAGCCUGGCAUAACACAACGCCCUUCCUCACUCAACUCUGCCAACAACAACUGCUGCCGUCUUGCAUCUUUUCGGUCUUCUUGCGCCGGGAGGAGGGAGAGGUGCAAGGAGGUGAACUGAUUUUAGGGGGCAUAGAUACCUCACGCUUCACAGGAGCACUGCAAUAUGUGCCAUUAUCCGAUACGGGCUAUUGGCAAUUUGAGAUGGAUGGCGUCUAUGUGGGACAGAGGAAAAUUGCGGGCACGGUAAGCACGAUUGUCGACACAGGCACAUCGUUGAUGUUGGUGCCAAUAUCUUUUUAUCAGACUCUCGUGUCGACCAUUGAUCCCCAUGGUCUGUCCAGCAGCCUUGCCCAAGCUUGUGUGUUCGAAAAGUUACCAGAUAUUGUGCUGGUCAUCGGCGGAGUUAAGUUUGUGCUCAGUCCGACAGAUUAUUUGCUCGAAAAGCAAACCAAAUCUGGCAGGAUGAUAUGCGUCAGUGGUAUCAUACCAAUUGAUUUAAGCUAUUGGGUGUUAGGCGACGUAUUUCUGGGCCGAUAUUACAGCGUUUAUGAUAGAGAGAAACUGCGCAUUGGCUUCGCUACGGCAGUUCAGGACUAACCGAGCACAGUGGUUGUGAACUAAUUGAAAACAAGAGAGAACGCUACAGUCGAGCAAGCCCGACAGUGAAAUACCCUGUACCCAGGUAAACUUCCGUCACUGAGUUAUAUGCGCCCAAAGCAGCAGCAAAAAGAGGAAGAAG